UGUGCCAGGCACUGUGUGCUCUGCCAUCCCCUUGGCCUCAGCUCUCCUGCCAGUCAGGGCACCCAUACACCCUGAGAGCUCCCUCUUCUUUCUGCUAUUGCAUCUCUCUCUGCCUUGCUGGAUUUCUCCCCCCUUCAGCCUUUAUUUUGUUUCCUUUCCCCCUGCUGCCUGUUCUCCCUGUUUUCCUCCCCUCCACCCUGCUCCCCAGGUGCCCAGUUGAGGUUCUUCCCAGCCUGUGCCUCCUCUCCCUAGGCCGGGCUGUUUGCAGUGCUCUCCCUUCCCCCUGCUUACAGCACUUCCGACAGCAUGGGAUUAUUUUUCUUUUUCCCCUUGUCUUGUAGCUUUUGGCUCCCAAGGCCCUUGAUUUCCUUUGGAGUUUGGGAGGAGAGACGUGGGGAGGAGGGGGGGUGGAGAGGCUGCCUCUCUUAGGGCCUUCGUCAGAGCCAAGUGGCCAGGAAGAGCCUCAGCCCUUCCACAGCAGCGGCGAGCAGCGAGGUGAGGUCCCGGACAGGAGCCGCAGGAUCACACCCCUCUAGGACAAGAUGAAGCAGCUCUUCCUCCUCUUCCUCCUCGGGCUCAUCAGCAGGUCCUUGCAGAUCGAAGACAACAAGAUCCCUGGGCUGUGCUCAGGGCAGCCAGGCAUCCCGGGGACCCCUGGCCUGCACGGGGGGCAGGGUUUGCCAGGCAGAGACGGACGAGAUGGCCGGGAUGGAGCCAUGGGGAUGCCAGGGGAGAAGGGCGACAUGGGCCCUCCUGGAGUGCCCGGUCCCCGCGGGGAGGUGGGCAGCCCCGGCGUGGACGGGCUGCACGGUGAGAAGGGAGCUCAGGGCGAGUGCGCCGUGGCUCCUCGCUCCGCCUUCAGCGCCAAGCGCUCCGAGUCCCGCAGCCCUCCCCUGGCAGACCAGCCCAUCCUCUUCGACGUGGUGCUCAUCAACGAGCAGGGCCACUACGACCCGGCCACGGGCAAGUUCACCUGCGAGGUGCCCGGCCUGUACUACUUCGCCGUGCACGCCACCGUGUACCGCACUAGCCUGCAGUUCGACAUCAUGAAGAACGGCCACUCCAUCGCCUCCUUCUUCCAGUACUACGGCAACUGGCCCAAGCCCACCUCGCUCUCAGGGGGCACCCUGGUCCGCCUGGAGCCCGAGGACGAGGUGUGGGUGCAGGUGGGAGUGGGGGACUACAUCGGCUUCUACGCCAGCGUCAAGACGGACAGCACCUUCACCGGCUUCCUCGUCUACUCCUACUGGCAAAACUCCGCCGUGUUCGCCUGAGCCAGCCCUCAGCUGCGAGUGGGGCCGGGCAGGUGCCCCUUCCCAGCCCCCAGCGCGGUGGGAGCCGGGGCAGAGGGACCCCCGCCCUGCUCGGGGCGCAGAAACGUUCCCUGUGCCAUCGCGGGGGCGGUGGAACACCCCUGGAGCAGCUCUGGGUCAGAGCUCGCUGUUAUUUCGGGCACCCCCAGGGCAGGGCAAGCCGGGCAGAGUGGCCAGGAGCCCGUCCCGCGGGUCCUGCCCCAUCCCUCCCCUCAAUAAAGGGCUGCUCAGC